UUGGCCAACAAAAAGAGAAGUGUUUGAGAUCUGUUCAUCGCAAAGUAUGUGAUAUUCAAAUAUUAUUACAAAGCACUUGCUUUUAGAAUGUAGAUUUUUCUGACAGUGUUUAACAAAAUCAACAUCUAAUCUAGUCAAGGUGUAGAAGAGAAUACAAGCCUGUGAGGAUGGACAGCCUUCUGCAAUGGCACUUGAUAGCAGGAGUCCUCUUUCUUCUAACAGGUUUUACAUCUGCUCUGGUAGGCCCUGAAAAAGUGUCUGGAUUUCUUGGCAACCCACUGUCUCUGGUGUGUAAAUAUGAAGAACAGUUUAAAAACAACAUAAAAUGUUGGUGCAAAGGAGCUCAAUGGAGUUCAUGUAUGAAUAUUGUUAAAACUGAUGGAACAGAGCAAGCGGUGAGGAAUGGCAGAACCAUCAUCAAGGACAACCAUACAAAUGUUGAAUUCACAGUCACCCUAGAGAACCUCACAGAGAAAGAUGCUGGGAAGUACUGGUGUGUUAUAGAAAAAAUAGGAGCUGACAUUGGAUUCCCUUUAUCUAUUGAAGUUCUUACAGCCUCUGCAGUUAAUGCAUCCUUGGAUGAUGAAGGAGAUCUGCCUACAGUGAACAUCAUCCAUCAGAUGACCUCUACAACCAGACCACAAGACACAGCACACUUCAUGAGGAUAUUCAACUGUGAGUUCUGCUGCUUUAUCUUUGUGAUUACAACUGCAGAAGGAGUUCUGCAAAGAAGUGCAAAAGCAAAGGAAGAAGACUUAGAAACAAGAAUCAACAUUUUAAAAUGAAUAUAACAAUAAUUAGAUAAUGGCAUGAAAAGCAUUUAAAUAUAGUUACCGGAUUUAUUUGCCUAUCCUGAUUUCAAUUGGCUUGAAAACGCUCCUCCUUUUGUGUUUGGGCUUUGCAAUGUUCUGCAUGCAUAGAAAGAACAGAGGAUCAUCUGAUCAUGUGGCUUCUGAAAAACCUUAAUGAGAGCCCAAGAAAACAAUAAAUCAGCCCCAUCUAUUCUGAACAACUUAUCAAAAUCAAGAAGCUCCAAGAACUAAGGACUUCAUCCCGCAAGGGGGAAAAGCAGGUGGAAUAGUUUUCUUUGCAUGGCAUUUCAGGUGGUUCUGUCUUUAAAGAAGACAGAUAAAAUAUGACAUUUUACCUUAUUUUUAAUUCUGUAGCCAGUUACUCCCCCCCCCCCUCCCCCAUCAAUUCUGUUUGAUUUUUCUCUUUCUUUUUUGCUCAACAUUAUACACUUUUUGCUUAUUAAAAACUUGUCACUCUCAA